AUGCAUGAACCAGACCCCCCAGAUGCGCAACUGGAUGCGCCUACGGCUUCUGAGGUUGAAACACUCGAAUUAUUUCGUCGCUCUCCGCACCCAUACCUCCGCCACAGAGCAGAGUUGAGUCAUGCUCAGUUACCUAGCGAGAUUCCCAGCAACGAUGCCUCGGCAGCCCGAACACCCCCUCGCCCGUCCGACCGCACAAUAUCAGAUGAAGAGCACAGAAAACGCCGCAAACGCAACUCGCAAUCACCUAGCGAGAGUGGCACCGAAGCAGACGAUGAAGGCUAUCAAUUUGUGAAAGCAUUGCCUGCCCCUCCCUUGAGGCCACGCAAGGGUCUCCGCGACAGACAAGGGCUCGGGCGAGAGGGGGGACUUAGCCCUUUGUUGACCCCAACACAAAUCGAAGAGGAAGUGCGCAAAUACUCCCAAGAAUACUUCCACGAUAAAAAGGACACUUCACAGGGUGGAGUUGCAUCUCCAACAGACAAGGAAGCAAAUGCAGCCCGACAAAAGUACAUCAAGAGGCGGCGCAACGAGGUGAUUAGGAGAACCACAGAGACAGCGCUGCUGGCUGUGAUAGGGCUUCUUGCCAUGAAUGGUUGCGACUGUUGGCCUAAGCUGCUGGAGUGGCAUAGAGAAUUCGCUGUACAUGCCGCAAUCAUGGCAGGUGUUUUAGGACUUUAUCCUAUCAGACUGCUUUACCACUCAUGGAAGGCGGACCCCCCCUCGGCACUACGACUUCGCCAGCGGAUACGAGUACCUGCAUCAUUCGACCCGGCGCCUAUUUUAUACCCAGCUAUCUUGCCCGCUCUGAUAUCGAUUUCCCUUUUUGCAUCAUACCCGAAACCUUUGCUAGCUAAUAUCAUACUUGGACUGGCUGCUUUGCCACCACAGCUCGUGCCGUUCGGCAAGCCAUUGCUGGGCUAUUCUUCGGCUCACUGGCUCAUCUCCAUCCUACCACUUCUAGCCUCGGAGAACACUGAUAUACCCUCAAAGCUGCUCGCAUCGCGACCAUACAAACUCAAACUUCCCCCACCGGAACAAGGACUGGACCCUGAGAGACUGGUGUCGCUCUUCGCGCUUCACCAAGCUCUGCUCCCGCCGCUCUACUACUUGACCACAACGAGUCUGUUGUCUACAGAGUUACACUUGCUCUCUAUUGGGUUGAUCAAUCUUCUUAUCUUCACUGAAUCGCCGCAGGCGGACAUUCUUAAGACACUGAUGUGGCUCGGCGGCGUAGGACUCUUCGUAUCAUGCGGAAAAAUCCUGAAAUGGGGUGUUGCGCUUGCUAGGAUCCCACGAUGGCGCUUCAGGCGUGCUGGGCAAAUCAUCAGAAACCAGCAAUCUUUUCUGCAGACCUUGAACGAAAGCCUACGGCCCAAGCGCACCCGGAGUGUGGCGAGGGGGCAUGUCUCGGACAGCGACGCAGACGACGAACCCAUACUAGGAGGGCCACUCCGGAAGACCAUCAGCUUCAAGCCGAACCUACUAGAUUUGAUGCGCAGCAACAACAUAGCUAAUGGACAUGAGCCACAGUCGGCGGUGGAUUAUAAAGAGACUGGUCUUGACGAAUUUGACAACAAUCCUAGUCAAGCAAACGGUUCAAGAAGACUGCGAAGCAAUACAUUGCCCGCUUUAGUGGCCGACGACCAUACGUCGAAACACCGGCUUUCAACCCGGAAACGUUCGAAGUCUAUCGCACAGUCUUACCUAUCCUUGACACCAACACAGGCCUUGGUCCGGAAGUGGGCAUACGCUGGGUACUUCUACGUGGUUGUUGUGGUGAUGAUACUCGGCCCGUUAAGAUAUGUCAUUAGCAAGUAUGCACUUGGCAACCACGAGCCGUUUGGCUGGGCCAUAGGUUACCUUUUCGGGAACCUCCGCAGAGUACGGUGGGAGGUCUUCCACUGGAACCUGGAUUGGUGGAUACCCCUCCCUCCCAUACGGGAUUCAGAUGACUUGGCACAGAUAGCUGCGACCCUUGCACCAGCAGACUACGUCCGCAGCAUAUUAUUCGGCGAAGCAAACACACGGCUACUGUUAUGCGUCUACUGCGCUGGUACCAUAGUCGUUGGUCUACUGUCCGUCUUCUCACUCUCCGCGAUAGUCGAAGUCGACACGCGUAGAAAGGUCUUCCACGGUACGAUGGUAGCCAUGUUACUGCCGACCAUCUAUAUCGAUCCAUGCUUUGUCGCGCUUGCACUCGGUCUCGUACUCGCCAUCUUCCUGAUUCUUGACCUUAUUCGAGCAAGUCAGCUACCCCCUCUCUCUCGACCUAUCGCCAGCUUCCUCACACCAUACGUGGAUGGACGAGACCUACGUGGGCCUGUUGUCGUCUCGCACAUCUUCCUGUUGAUCGGCUGCGCCAUUCCGCUCUGGCUAUCUUUGGCUGGGGUUGAUCGCGCUGGCGACGAGCCAUGGGAAGGCUGGGAAGCUACUUCAAGAGAUGUCAGUAUGGUUGCGGGAGUCGUCUGCGUGGGCAUGGGUGACGCAGCAGCAUCGCUCAUCGGCAGGCGCUACGGCAGACGCAAGUGGCCGUGGGCUGGUGGGAAGUCUCUUGAAGGCUCGUUGGCAUUCGCUGUUGCCGUCACCAUUGGUCUUGUGUCCGCUAGAGUCUGGCUGCAUUUUGGCUGGGGUAAUGUUAAUGCGACACAAAAGACGGCUGUGGAGUUGGCAACCGAUGCAUUGAUCACGGUUGGGAAAGCUGCGCUCUGUGCUGCAGGCGCCAGUCUCAACGAAGCGGUACUGACAGGUGGGAACGACAACGUCAUCGUGCCUGUGGUGCUGUGGGUGCUUGUUAGAGGCGUUAGACUCUAG